UUGAUGCCGGGCUAGUGAGCUAUUCUUUGUCGUUUACUUCUUUCUCUCAUAUUGUUUGGAUUGUCAAUCCUUGCACCCUUUUUUUGUCUGGGAUCUUCUAAACUUAGAUUUCCCCAUAGAUCGAGGUCGAAUUGCUCCUGCUGCUUGUUCUGAAUCUGGACCGAAAAGCGUACGCAGUCUGUGUGGGAUUGUCAAGAUUGCUUUCGAGAAAGGGAAAGUAAAGAAGGCGGAAAAAGAACAAAUGGCACAGAAGAUGGCCCUUGGGCCGGCGCGCAGCUUUGGCGAGGCGAUUGCCGUCCAGCCGCUUUCGUCGCACACCUACGCCGCCAAUCUUCGGAAGGAGUGGUGCAUUGGAACCGUUCCCAAUGGAGGUUACGUAGCAUCUGCUUUCUUCAACGUCGCCCGCACACACAUGCGCCAGACCCAUCCGACCAUGCACAACGGCCGCGCCGACCCGAUCACCAUGCACCUCACCUUCCUCCGACGCACGGAAACCGGACCCGCAACAUUCAGCGUCACAGACACAAAACUAGGCGCGCGCACGUCGACUCUACACAUCACCCUCUCGCAGAACGACCGCAACGGCGGCGUCCGCGAGGAGGUAGCGGGCUACAUCACGGUGUCCAACUUCGACACCGAGGACGGACCCAGCAUGGUCACGGGAUUCAACCUGGCCCCCGCGCCUGCGCCCGGAGGUGAUGGUUCCACGCCGGUGGAUCUGGCGCGAUUGGUCAGGGACGGGAAGGAUGGGACCUGGUCGCGCUUCGAAGUGCCGUUUACGUCGCUGAGAACGGCAUCGAGACAGAUCGAGAUAUACACGCCUAGGGAGCUGGAGAAGGUGCGGCGUGGGUUUGUCGAGCAGUGGGUGCGGUUUAAGCCGUAUGGUCAGGUGUCGAGGUGGACGGAUGAGACGCUGGGUUUCCUGGUGGAUAUGUUUCCGAUGAUGUUGGAGACGUUUGAUACGAAGCCAUGGAAGGGGGCGGGACAGCGCGAGGAGAAGGAUGAGCUGCGGAAGUACUGGUAUCCGACUGUGUUGUUGAAUGUGGAGUUCAAGAAGAGAUUGCCAAAAGAAGGGGUGGAGUGGUUGUACUCCAGAGUGCACACGAAGAUGUUGGAGAAUGGGAGGAUGGAUUUGGAUAUUGUGGUUCUGGACCAGGCGGGUGAUAUUGUUGCGCUGAGCAAUCACGUUGCGUUGGUUGUUGGUGCAGAGAGAAAUACCAGCGAAAGAGGAAGUAAUGGGAAUGGAAACGCGAAGCCGAAUAAGCUAUAAGGCAGCCGAAUCUCGUUGAUUGCAUGUGCUAUGUGAGCCCCUUUUUGCUUCAGCUUGGUAUAUAAUCGAUAGAGUUAAGGCUUCUA